GCGCGGCGGCCGCGGGGGGCGGGGGUAUCGGUGCAGGGAACAGCCGGCCUCCUCGCCCCAGUCGCGGGGAGGAGGGACACCGAGGAGGGGGAAGGUGUGGGGGGGCGAGUGUCGCGUCGCCCACUUGCCUUUAGGACCGCAUCGCCGCGCAGUCGCCGCUGGCGGGGAGGAAGGGGCGAGUCUAACCGGAGCCCUGUUCGCCCCGCGGCUUCCCUUCCUGGGCCCAGUGCCGGAGGGAGGGGGUGCCGGCGGGGCGUCGCAGACCCCUGCGGGUCGCCUCAAGCUCGGGCUCGGCGGUGCCCGGGGCCGGUGUUGGUGACUUCAGAGUCAUUUAGGGGUUUAGCUCUGAGGAAGCAGACACACAAGGAUUGAAUCUGUUUUACAUAGAAAGCUACAGCUCUUCACCGGUACUCUUUUUUCUCCUUCCCAUCCUUCCUCACCCAUAGGGGAGGACAAUUUGGGAAUUAUUUUAACAGUCAUUUACUCUCCCUUCCCCCCCCACCCCCGCCCCGAAAUCCAUCUUGGUCCCCAAGGUAUCAGCUAGGCAUUGCCUGUCUGUUAUAGUACCAGGAGAACGUUAUCAGCAGCCCUUGCUUUGGGAACCUCAGUAGUAGCCUCUCCCUUCUUUGGAGUGCAGUGCAGAGAGGCAUCCAGGAGACUUCCUUGCCACCCUUUUUGGUUAGUGGAAGAUCCAGGAAAAGGGGUACCUAGCAAGACACGUGACCUCAUCAAGGGAUUCAGGACUAAAGCAGCACUUGGCACACUGAAGGAAGCACCCAUCUUUGGUAUCGUUUUCUGUCUUCCACUCCUUCCUCACUAAAUUUCUGAAGUUCCAUUGAAAGAAAACCUUGAAGGUUGCAAGAAAAGUCCAAGAUGUGCAGUUCAGUUGCUCCCAGGCUGUGGUUCUUAACAGACCGUCGCAUCAGAGAAGAUUACCCUCAGCAAGAGAUCCUGAGAGCUCUGAAGGCCAAGUGCUGUGAAGAGGAGCUAGAUUUCCGGGCCUUGGUGAUGGAUGAAGUGGUGCUGACCAUUGAGGAUGGAAAUCUUGGUCUCCGGGUAAAUGGGGAGCUCAUUACAGCUUACCCACAGGUGGUGGUUGUGCGUGUACCAACGCCUUGGGUCCAGAGUGACAGCGAUAUCACAGUCCUUCGCCACCUAGAGAAGAUGGGCUGUCGAUUGAUGAAUCGUCCCCAAGCCAUCCUAAACUGUGUCAACAAGUUCUGGACGUUUCAAGAACUUGCUGGUCAUGGUGUGCCUCUUCCAGACACUUUUUCAUAUGGUGGUCAUGAGAAUUUUGCCAAAAUGAUUGAUGAGGCGGAAGUGCUGGAGUUCCCUAUGGUGGUGAAGAACACACGGGGUCACCGAGGUAAAGCUGUGUUCCUGGCACGAGACAAACACCAUUUGGCAGACCUAAGUCAUUUGAUCCGUCAUGAUGCCCCUUACUUAUUUCAAAAAUACGUUAAAGAGUCCCAUGGCAAGGAUGUACGUGUCAUCGUAGUAGGAGGCCGCGUGGUGGGGACCAUGCUCCGCUGCUCAACAGAUGGGAGGAUGCAGAGUAACUGCUCCCUUGGUGGCGUAGGGAUGAUGUGCUCACUCAGUGAACAAGGCAAGCAGCUGGCAGUCCAGGUGUCAAACAUCCUGGGGAUGGACGUGUGCGGCAUUGACCUACUGAUGAAAGACGAUGGUUCAUUCUACGUCUGUGAGGCCAAUGCAAAUGAGCCAAAAAAGCCAAACAAUCCAGAGAAAACCUUCCCUUCUCCCCUUUCUGAUGGCAAGAAUGAGAACUUAAGAAAAGUCCUUGAGAAUAUUCCUUCCUAAACUUUUCCCCCCAAUAAUGCAAGUGGGUAAAAUGGUAAAUGCAGCAGUUUGGUGACAUCCAAACCCAACCUGUUGUCAGGUAAAUGAACUCUUUUCUGCUCUUACUGUAACCUUCAUAAGUUUGCUAACUUGUUUGUCUUCGUUACUUCCCAUCAGUUCAUUUUGGUGAAACUUCUUGAAUGAUUUCUUUAACAGUGUUAUUUAGAGAAAAUCCUUCUUCUUUAUUUCUCCUUAUACGUGUUGACCUUUAAGAGAACUGUCAUUGUCCUUUGUUUUACUCAGGUGAGACAAAAGUGAGUCCCCUCAUAUAAGUAUAUGAGGGAUAGUUUUGUAAUAUGUUAAUUCCACCUCCUCUUUAUCACUUCAAGGGUACUAUUUUAGCUUAGAUUUUAAAGUUAUGAUGCUUUCCGUUUGUCAAGUGAACAUAAAACAUAACGGCAUCCACUAAAAGUUGAUAGAUAUGAAAAAGCAGUACUAAGAACAUUAAAUCUAUUAAAAUUCAAUAGAGCCUCUUACAAUUCCUGUCCUCUUGCAAUUCCUGUAAAGAGGACAGAUGGGAGAAUAUGGGUGCUAAAGAAAAAGACUGCGUGGCCUGCCCAGGGAGGUGGUGGACUCACUGUCCCUGGAGGUUUUUAAACUGAGAUUGGACAUGGCACUUAGUGCCAUGGUCUAGUAAACGGACUAGAGUUGGACCAAGGGUUGGACUCGAUGAUCUCUGAGGUCUUUUCCAACCCAGUCGAUUCUGUGAUUCUGUGAUUUUUUUUGUGGAGAAUGGGGUGGUACAUUUUUUGUUGCCCUUAUUGCUAUAUAUAUACUUGUACAUUUUACCCUCCUUUGGUAACUCCCUCCCGUAAUCUUAAACCGCUUAAAAGUGCUCGGAACUUAAUAUUUUUUUACUUUGUCUAAGGAAGAGAAUCUGUAUUUUACGGAGGUAAGUAUUAGACAAUUCGAAUACCAUUCAAAGUGGAAGAGUAGGAGCCUUCAGACAGGCUUCCGAGUUUCCUGAUGCAGUAUUUCAUUUCCCAUGACACCUGUAAAGAAUUAGCACUUGUUUCACACUUUUUUUCUGUGUACAUUAAUAAAUCUUCUAUAUCAUCAUAAAAUAGUCAACUUUUAGUGUUUUCAGUUUAUAUUUUCCUGAAGCACAGCAAAUUUAUCAGCAAUACCAUAACUUGCAGCUUUAAAUUAAGGUGGGAGGGUGUAGUUUUAGAGAUGAAUUUUGCUCUCAAUUACACUGAGAUAAACUUGGAAUCGCUCUGUGAAUGUUAGUGGAGUGAUAUCCAGUUUCACUGAUAUAAUUGAGUGUAUAAUUUGUGUCUUUAAUUUCACUUGCAACAUAAUUCUACAGACCUGUUACACUUAUGUUUCCAAUGCUUUUUCCUUUCAGACACACCCUCUUCUUGCUUCUCAGCACUGGGCAGGCCUAUUGGCUUAUUUGUAUAUAUUUUCAUGCAUCAGCUGCUGUAGGACACAGGUGUAACACUUUCAGACAUGUGGUUGGGUGUCUCUUUGGUGGGCGACAUUUGUGGGUUUGUAAUAAUGUCUGAAAAGAAAAAUUUCUUGUCCUCAAAUUUGUUGAACAAAUUCUUGUUGGCUUACAGUUUUGCAUGUCUAACCUGAUUUUAUAUAUAUUACGUGAAGAUUUUCUUGAAAGAAAGACAGUACUAGUUCUUUGCAGUGUCUGCAAAUGAUCUUUGUGUAGGGAGAGUUGAUCAAAAUCUGCCAUAUUCUGCAGAAGUUAAUGUCUUAAUAUUUAAUGUUGCUUGAAAGGUGGUUUUACGGAUGAUGCUCCUUCCUCUUUAUGGAAUGGCUUUCAAAGCCUUGUAUUGAUCUUAGUUGUGCCCCGUGCUUUGCCAGUGUUUGGGGAAACAUAGAACUUGAAUAAGCCAUGACAUCUUAGACAAAGGAUGAUGAUUAUGUGUGUGCUGAACAAGAACUUCUUCUGUAUGCCCUUCUGCUGCAACAGAGUAAUAAAAUUGGUAGGUGGCAGCAGCAACAGAAGAAACUUAUGUGACUGUGACCUGAGAAACCUCCAGUACUGGGAGAAUGGAUUGCAAAGUAUUAACUGAAGUAAGGGGGACGGAGGAGAGAGGCGGAGUCCCCGAACUAUCCCUUUGAAUGGUGAGUCUAAUUUACAGAAUUCUAACCAUCAAAAUACUAGCUGUAGUACAGUAGACACAUGAAUCUAACUGAUUUGGUGUUUGGUUACCAGGUGUCCUAAUUCUGAUCUUUGAUUCAACAUUCCAGUUUCCUCACUGCCUCUGCAAGGCACAGUAUAUACCUUAAAAAUUAAAACUUCAACAAAAUUGGCACAUCCAAAGAGUACUGAAAAGUAAGGCUGGAAGGAAUUCAGUCUAUCCAUUUCUCUGCCCCGUAGGAAGAUCAGUCAUAGUUAUGCCAUUGGUAACAUGUUUUGACCUGGUUUAAAAAUCCAGGAAUAAACAAGGGAGAUUCUGCAGUCUUAUUUUAUGAAGGUAAAAAGCAUCCUUACUCUCAACCAGUGGUCAACUUCAUGGGCUGAGCGCCCAUCUGUUUUUGUUUGUUUUUUUGUUUUUUUUUUUUUUUUUUCCCCCAUCUGCAAUCUAAAGCUGCAUUUGGCGUGAUUCUCUGCUGUACUUCUUGUACAUACAGAUCUCCCCUUGAAAUGUUCUUGAGGGUUUUAUCAAUGCUACUUGCGGAUAACCGAAAUGACGUGUGUAUACAUAUAUUUAACAUUUCACAUCAGAUGUUGUUUCCUGUGAGUCUAAAGCUUGGUACCCCUUGGAAUGUGAAGAACUUCUAGUAUUGUCAAUAUGCAUUCUUUUUGCGCAAGGCGAAUAGUUUGCAAAUGCAUAUAAUAAGCAACCAGUCUCAUGCUGUAAUGACACUUUAAGAACUCAGAAUUUUCACAUGGUAUGUGAUGGUUAUUUGAGAUUUAGGGACAACAGCAGGGAAUCAAGUAUAACAAAUAAAUAGGCUUGUCAUUAAGUCUAAAUCAAAUCACUCUAAUUUUGUCCAGUAGGGUGCAAUGGUGUACACUUACCUGAAUGAAUUUAGAUGAAUUUUUCAGAAUUCUGGUAUGAAGUUUCCUAUAUAUAAAAAGCCUUUUUGAGACUUUACCUGAGGAGAAGGACUUGGGGGUGUUGGUUGAUGAGAGACUGAACAUGAUCUGGCAAUGUGGACUUGCGGUCCAGAAACCCAGCUGUAUCCUGGGCUCCAUCAAAACAAGUGUGACUAGCGAGUUGAGGGAGGUGAUUUUGCCCCUCUACUUUGCUCUCAUGAGACCCUAUCUGGAGUACUGUGUUCAGCUCUGGGGGCCCCAGCAUAAGAAGGACAUGGAGUUGUUGGAGUGAGUCCAGAGGAAGGCCCUGAAGACAAUCAGGAGGCUAGAACAGCUCUCCUAUGAAGAAAGGCUGAGAGAGUUGGGCUUGUUGAGCCUGGAGAAGAAAAGGCUCUGGGGAGACCUUAUAGGAGCCUUAGAAUACCUAAAGGGGACCUACAAGAAAACUGAAGAGGGACUUUUUACAAGGGCAUUUAGUGAUAGGACAUGGGGUAAUGGCUUUAAACUGAAAGAGAGUAGAUUUAGAUUAGAUAGAAGGAAGAAAUUCUUCACUAUGAGAGUGGUGAGGCACUGGAGCAGGUUGCCUGGAGAAAUUGUGGAUACCUCAUCCCUGGAAGCAUUUAAGGCCAGGUUGGAUUGGACUUCGAGCAACCUGGUCUAAUGGAAGGUGUCCCUGCCUGUGGCAGAGGGGUUGGAACUAGGUGAUCUUUAAGGUCCCUUCCAAUGCAAACUGUGAUUCUAUGCUAUGGGAACUAAGCUGAAUCUUCAGUUUUUGAUAUUCAGGCAACUAAAUAGUCUCCAGUGUGCAUCAGGUACUACUUAGGAUUACGAACAACUGGUGUGCUUUUUUCCAGUAGCUUUUUACUUUUCAUACAGCUUUUAAAAGUAUUACGUGGACUACAAAGGGAAAGGAGAUCAAAUGUGCAAGAUGAAAAUUAUUUUGUUAAAUAUAAUGAUUAUCGAAAUCUGUGUGAGAGAUUAAGCUCAUGGAGAAAGUUUUUUUAAAUCCAGUCAGACAAGAGACAUGAGAGAGAGUGAAUUCUGGUAGUAGAGGCAAAGGAGUCUGCAGCAUAUGCAAGCGUGUCAGCAGAGGGAGAUGAGUUAGUAAACCAGUUUUGCUGAUCUUGAGCAUUCCCAGCUUUUUGUUGUAAGAAGGAAUCUCAUGAUACUUUAUGUACAUAAUAUAUGCUAGGCAUGCUACCCUUUGGGAACUGGUUAUCAAGGAGGAGAGGUGAAAGUCAGUAUAGAGCUGUUGAUAUGGAAACUAGCUAUUGCACUUGCCUAGUAGAACAGACGGUCAUGUGGCUUAAAGAUGUUACUGCACUGAGUUUAAAUGACAGUAACACUUGGGAAGAAUGGUGGUCUUCUGGCCCUGGACAUGGGCUUAUUUGCCCAAAUACACCUGUAACUUUUUGUUUUUCAACAUAGUAAGGGAUAGAGGCAUUGAAAUGCAUGUAAGCCUUUUGAAUGAGGAAGAGGACCAUUCCAGGUGACUUAGAGUCAACUGUUCAGGAAAGAGUUUUUGGAUGUAAACUUCCAGGAAUUUAGAGUACUCUCUGAGAUCAUCCAUGUUUUCACAUACAAAAGGUGUUUGUUUUUUGUGUGUUUUGGUUGUUGGUUUGGUUUGGUUUUCUGCUAGAUGUGACUCUGCAACUUUGAUGUGGUAGACAUUUGAAUAAGGCAGAGUAUUUUCUAUUCUUAUCAUAGACUUCCAUGGGCAGGCAAGGGGUAUUAUGUACGUGAAAAGGAGGAAUGGAUAGGUUUCUCACACUGACCUAAAAGCAGAUUAUGGAUUAGGUUGAUAGAAAAAUUAAUGUUUACGUUGGAAUUAGGCAAGGCAUUUUCAGGGUAUUUCUGCAUCCCCCUUUUGUUCCAUUUAGAACGAGUACAAAUGUUACUAGAAUGUUAUACAGAGUCUGCACAGUAGUAUGUCAGCGUAUUAAGCUCUGCCAAGUGUGUGUGGGGGAAGGGCUCAUAAAAGAUUUAUGCAAAUUUCUUUGUGUCUGCUAAGUCUACUUUUUUAUUUGGAGGCAGUUUGCUCAGUGUAACUGAAUAUAUUAACAGUCUUAGCGUAAUAGAUUUUUUUUCACUUGUUUGUUUGGAAGAAAAUGUGUUCAGGGAGUUACAUAUGUAAUUCUGUUGUCUUUUUCUACAGGAAGCAGAAUGGUUAAAGGAAAGCAGUCAAAACGCAUAGGAACUGCACAACUAGUUAUAUUCAAAGUCUAUCAGUUGAGUACUCAUUGAUGUUGCUGGGUAGAAGGCUUCUUGGUCUAUCUUUUAAUAACAGGAGGCAAAGAAAUAUCUGAGAAAUUUCUUUGAAAGUGCUGCAUAUGUUGAAUUAUUAUACAUCUUCUCUUGGCAUUUCUUUUUGCUUUCAGAACUCUUUGAUAUGCUCUGUACAUGUAUCUUAUUUAAAAAGUAUUAGUUGUUGAAAUGUUUCAUGUUCAUAGGGCUGAGGUCAGUUGAACAGGGGGAAUAGGUGUGGAAUGCUCUCUAACCAAGAACAGUCAGCUGUGCUUAUCUGAGCCUUGACCAGAUGAGGACAGAGAGUUAAAGUCUAACAGAUUUGCUGAUCUGUGUAUUUUUGUUGCAAUACAUGCAGUAGUAGCAGAAGUCUUUGUCAAAUAGUAUUCUGUGUAGCUGUCACUGGAAGGUGUAGUUGCUUUUGAUCAACAGUGAAGCUUAAAAUUUCCCUUGUGUAAUGCUUUGCAUUUUCCCAAGUAUAGGUACUGUAUUAUGUUAACUUGUGGCUUAAUGUAAUAUGAUGUAUACAGUUUUACAAAUCAGGACUGAAUUUUUGUCUUAGACAAAUUGCAAUAUAAUUGAGUUUUAUUAGAGGCAAUUGGAUUUUUUUUCAGUAAAGUAUUGUAAUCAGAAAAAAACCUAAUUUAUCACAUUCAUACAUUUUCAGAGAUAUAUGUUAAUUUUCAGAAUUUAUUGUGAUGAUCCCCCUUGUACAAGACAGAAUUUUUGUUAGAGAGGGAGGCAAAAUCCGUAUUAUAUUAGCCAAUAACGCAGUUGUUGCUACGUUUUUGGCCAGUCAUGCAUUUUUUCUAUGCAGAUUUCCCCGUUUAUGGUGGAAGCAGUGAUACUACUGAGCUUCCUUGAUGCUUAGUUUAUCUGUGUCGUAAAAUACUUACAUUUUGGGGACAAAGGAGCUGGAGAGGUGUCAACUGUACACAGUGCUACGUGAACUAAACAGGAGGGUGUCAUGAAGCAGAGAGAGAAGACUAAGCAGUAGCUGCAUACACAGGUAUCCUUUCAACUCUGUCCUAUCAAUGUAGUGGGAGGCUGGGAGUUACGGUGGCUGUUUCAGUUAUACCAUGAUGAGGAAUGGGAAUGUCACAUUGACUGUCUGGGCAACUGUAAAUAUUAAAUACCUGGUGUUUACAAGAAGUGUGUUUUGCCCAGGGGUGUGCAUGCAGUUUCUCUUCCUUGCUACUACUGUGCAAAGCACUGCCUGCAAGUAUUUAUUAUUCUCUGGGUUUUGUUUGUUCAGUGGUAUUACGUAUUAAGCCUGAAACUUGUAUUUGGAAAGUUUCAGGAGGAAACUUGGUAUGCUUGUGUGUAUAUUUUCCCAUUCCUCUAACAACCACAAGGCUAACAGAAACAACACAAACGUUAUGGUUACUGUCCCCAGCCAUCUUUACAGCAGUGUGUGGGAGAGGUAGUGCAAAUGUGAUCUGAUGUAGAAAUGCUGAAUGGAGAUGUUUGUUUACUGAAUGGCAAAUACUGAAGUUUUAUCAGUGGGAGAACAAGGCAGCAUGAGGUGGCAGUUUGACAUUGCUAAACUUUUUCUACAAUUUUUCCUCCACGUAAAAUAUUUCCACAGGAAUGUAAUGCCUGUGAAAGAUACUGGAUCAACAGUUGCAGAAAUUGAACUCCUCUACCUGCAGGAAAGGUAACAGGAUCUAGAUUUUACCUUCAGAACACAGUCUUCAGUCCGAAGAGGAGUUCGGUGCCCAUGGGUCAGUCCUUGUUGCAUCUCUAAUGCAGCUGUCAAGGAAGCCAGAUAGAUGGCAGUUACAGAGAUUUUUUUUAUGAUGUCUGCUUGAAUUUCUGAUAUUAAUAUUUCUGGGGAAAAGACUAACUUCUUCAAUGGUUUGUUUCUCUAGGUUUUACUACACCAGCAGGAGGUGAUGUCCACACUUGAUGUUAAUAGUCGUAAUGAACACUGUCUACUAACAUGGAGAGCUGAAUAAAAGAGUUGUGAAUUUGAA